AUGACGAAUCGCGGUGGCUCGCCGUGGGCAGAUCUUCCAGAGGAGAUCCUGGAAGCAAUCGGCAGCCGCAUCGACCACCCAAUCAACGUUCUCAACUUCCGCUCCGUCUGCUCCUCCUGGCGCUCCGCCGUCCGUACCCCUGACUUCCACCAUCCAAUUCCGCCCAUUGAAGUCCGGCUACCUUACCCCGGCGACGUCGACGGCGUCCUCGUUCCCUCCACUCUGUGCUUCGUGGAGUUUCACUCUCCUCCGAUCCCCAAUGGCGAUUCGACCUUCGCCGUCGCCGGCGGCGACGACGCACCGCGGGGAGGCGGCGGUUGGCUGAUCAAGGUCGAAGAAACCUCCCGCGGCAAGCUGCAGCUUCUGAACCCAAUCUCCAACCUCAAGAUCCGCUACUCUCCGAUUCAAUUGAGCUUGCUCGACUUCCGCCCCGUCCAAUUGACCACCUCGUUCCGCCUCAGGUUCCAGGUCGGAUGCCCAACCUUCGAGAUUAACAAGGUUCUUCCGUUUCCCCCCUCUGCCGCCUCGGCUGUCACCGUCAUAGCGAUUUUCCACGAAGGCAGAAUAGGUUACUGGAGAAACGGAGAUGAACGCUGGACUCUGUUAGACGGCAGAAGCUUCGAUUACGACGAUGUAAUCAUCCACCGAGGUCAGUACUACGUCACCGACCGAUUGGGGAAACUGUCCCUGAUCGAUUCGUCCCUGAGAUUCGACGAAUCCUACCCCUCGCCGCGCGGCGGCGGGCAGAAGAAUCUGGUGGAGUCCGGGGGAGAUCUGUACUUGGUGGAUCGGUACUUGAGCGGGAGGAGGAGGAACUGGAAGGAUGUGGAUGAUGCGAUUACCAACAGCUUCCAUCCGAUCCGAUUCCUCGUGGGGACGAGGAGGGGAAGGAAGUGGAACCCUAGAGCGGUGGAUUUCAAGGUCUACAAGCUGGAUGAGGAAAUCGGGGAAUGGGUUGAGGUGAAGUCGUUGGGGGAUGAUGGUAGAGUGUUCGUCCUGACGACGGAGUGUUGUUUCUCGGCUCCGGCUGCGCAGAUCGCCGGCGGGAAGAAGGAUUGCAUUUACUACUCCGAUGAUGAUGAUUAUGUGGCCAGGAACAUGAUGAGGACGGAGAGCAUUCGGGUGUUUCAGUUGGGGGAUGGGAGUAUUGAGGAAGUGAAAACGUUGCCUCGCGAGUCUAAUGUUUUUCUGCCUCCUGGCUUUCGUAUGGAGUUUUAG